GUUAUGUUAUGCAAAAUGGCGUAACAUUUAAAAUUCUAUUCUGUUGAAGUUGUUCUACUUAAACUGUGAUUUUAUUAUUAUUUACAUCGUUCUUUUAUUUUCAGUAUUUCCAACGAUUAAUCUGCUCAUCAUGAAGCCAACUUACGAUGAAAUUAUUAGAAAUAAAAUGGUCAAAGUUACGUUGUUGGAGUGGGAGAAAAAGAUACUAGAUUCAAUGUCGGACCUGAUAAUGGAACAGUGUGAAGUUAUGGAAGAAAGAUGCAGAGUUCUGUUUGCUCAAAUAAAUGCUGUUAAUGAGCGAGAAAAUAAUUUGACUGAGGCACUUGGAUCGUAUAAUCAUCGGUUAAAUGAGUGUCGAAGAAAAAUUGAAAAAAUUCAAGAUGACUACAAGAAAUUCCUUGAAGAUGCUUCAAAUGCCAUUGCAGAAUCUAAGUUGUUGGAUGAAGAAACGGCCGAGAAACAAGCAAAAUUAUUGGAAACUAUUCAAGAGAUACUUUGUGAAGAAGAUGAGCCUUAUGAGCCUACAGAAGAUUGGUUGAAAUCAGAAGAAAAGCUGCAAGAAUGGUAUAACGAACAGCGUGAAAAUGCUAAGGAAUUUUACGCUAAACGAGCAGCACAAAUCAACGAAUCAGUGGAACGGUUACAAGCUGUGCUUCCUAGUAAAUGUUCACAAGACAGUCAAUCACCAAUCGAAUCUGAUUACCUCCAUGAUAUAAUUCCAGAAGAUUAAUAAACAUCUACCUCAAGUAAAAAGACAUGAAACUCGUAAAUACAUGGAUUACGAGAGUGUCGAUGAUGCAAUGGAAGGUAUUUGUAGCCAUUUUGAACAGCAUCUCAAGGAACAAAUGAGUGAAGAUGCUCCUUCUAUCAGUUAUAGUAUUUCUCAAUUAUUUGAUUAUAUCGAUCAAGCCACUGACCUGGUAUGUUUGGUCUAUCAACGGAGUGAGGAAAGUUAUGCUCCCAAAGCUAAGGAUUGGAUAAAAGAAAAACUCUACGUAUUCUUCCGUGAACAAGAUACGCAAAAGAGUAAUCCUGCUCCAAAUUAAUUAACUUUUCUUCCAUGUUUUUUCAAAAAUCAUUCAACAUUUCAAUGUAUCUCAAAUUUUUCUAUCUUUUUUUCCUCUGAUAAUAGUCUUACAUCAAAUAAAAAAAAUUAUUACACAUUACACUAGUUUAUUUG